AUGCAAGAGCCUCGAAAGGAUGUGUCAUUAAGACCCCCCACCGGGACGAUACACGUCAUCUUCGCCGCACCAGGAAGAACUGGGCCAUCUCCUUCCAGGGUACUGGCUGUUGGUCGACUCCCCUCCGAGGACAGGCAGAGGGAACCUAAAAGGGUGUUGGUAGACCCAGGAAGCGCAAUAGAGGUAAUGAACCCUGAUUUAUACAAGGGGCUGAACCUGAGGCCGGAGGAUUUGACAGCUUAUGACUCUCCCUUUAUCAGCUUCGAGGGGAAGACUGUUACGCCAAAAGGGCAGAUCAGACUACCCAUACAGACUGGAUCAGAGGUGGUGGAGGUGAACUUUAUCGUGGUCGAUGCCUACUCACCCUACACAGCGAUAGUAGCCAGGCCAUGGAUCCAUGCCCUAGAAGCUGUAUCCUCCACACUUCACCAAAAAGUAAAAUACCCAUCUAGAGGCCAAGUAGAAGAGAUUCGUGGAGAUCAGGCCAUGGCCAGGCAAUGUAUGGUGGCCGCCAUCUCACAUCGGUCCCAUGCCGACUCCUCGGCCUCUGGGAACUUAUAG